AAAGAGUCGGUCGCCAUUAGAAGAGAAACUCACCGUACUUGUUAUAAUGCUGUUGCUGAUGACGCUUUCUGAAGAUUCUGGUUCACGACCAACAACGAUGCACAGAGGUCAGAAAAUGAUCUGGACGUCUGACGGUGGCGCUAUCGAAUCACAGAUCACGACUCAGCUCAGAAGCUCGUUGUUGAACAACGAUGUGACUGAAGAUCUCAGAUGCAGCUUAUUACGAUGAGCAACACGCCUUCAUUUGCUUGUCCUAGAAGUAGAACAAUCUUGUCUUAUUGGAAGCUAGUUGCGACCGUCAUGCCCUACGAUUCAUUGCAGGCUUGUUUAGACAGAGAUUUUUUUCCUUACUUUCCUUCACUUCACCGAAGAACACCUCUUACUUUCUCAGUCGACUCUUACUCCCCCAUUACCCCUGUUCACGCUUCUUGUAAGUGCGAGUCAAGAUCACUACAGAAGCAAAGCCCCCCGUCCUCCCCUGGACAUCACCACGAUGAUGGUGGAGGAACCCUCGAGGAGGUACUCUACUUGUACAUCCUGCAAAAUCUCCUUCUAGUAUAACACUAUCGAGCCAGCGAGGCACCUCUUAUAGCAUGGCCACUUCCUCGCGGGGCCGCCAACUCCUGGUCGCCGAAGACGCCUUCAGCGACCAGGACUACAAUGUCAACGACACGGGCGAAUCGGGGCUGGAGGCGACGCUGGAGGCCAUGCCCGGGCGCCCGAACAUCCAUUGCACCUUCGACGACGGGCCGAUGCAGUUGGUAAAGGGCUACGAAUCCCGCCCGCUCACCGUUUUCAAGGACGGACUCAUCCUGCUCGAAACCUUCCACAAGUUCUUCGCCCACGCCGAGGACUUCUGCAUCACGGUCGCCGAGCCGGUGGCCCGCCCGGAGGGGCUGCAGGAGUACCAAAUCACCACAUUUUCCCUGUAUUCCGCCGUUUCUUCGGGCCUAACGAUAUCGGACAUCGAAGAGAGUCUGCACAAACUCUCGAAGAACAAGGUGGACGACGUUUUGCUCAAGUGGAUUCGGCAGUACGCGCAAAAUUUGGGAAAGGUGAAGUACCUGUGGAACAAAAGCCAGUUGGCGUUGAACUCAGCAGCAAACUUCGCAAGAAAUAACACAGGAGCUGCACUAGGAACAAAUAAUUUUGUUGACCAGCAGGGAGGUAGAAGUACUGCAGGCACAGCAACUGCAUCUGGUUCAUCAUCCCAGUUUCAGCCACUGCUUCAUCCCGCACAACUAGGCCCAGGUGCAGCUGCAACUACAGGAGCUGGAUCAGCGGGUGGCGCUUCAGUUUUUUCUCGCGCUUUCCAGGACGUCGGCGAGUCGGUGCAUCACUACUUGGAAUCAACCGAUUACGAUGCGUUGGAGCAGUUGCAGGAAAUUCUGCAGGAACAGAACCUCGUCACCGAGUCGCUGCCAGUUAGAACAAACAACUCGGCAAAUGACCACCCCUCGAACAAGCGCAGGAGGUGGCAAAUGAACAGAUCCUCGUCCUCUUCAAACGCGCUGAGUGACCUGCUGAUGGAAGAGUAUGAGGAGGAGUUGUCCACGUCCGACUUUGACGACGACUUUCCCACGGAGCUGUACUACAUUCGCGUCGAUGGCAAUCGCGCGGAAGAGGUGAAAAAGCUGGCUUUCGUGAACAACUUUCCCCUCCUCGAGGAGUACGAGUACAAGCUGGACAAGAAAGCGCCGGAUUUGGACAUCUCCAUGAAGCCCUCGACCCACAUCCGCGAGUACCAGGAGAUCGCGUUGUCCAAAAUGUUCACCACGAGCACGCGCGCGCGGUCCGGGAUCAUUGUCCUCCCCUGCGGCGCGGGGAAGACCUGCGUGGGGAUCACCGCGUGCUCGACGAUCAAGAAGCGAACGUUAGUUCUGACCUCGACCGCGAUGGCGGUGUCCCAGUGGCAACAGCAGUUCCUGCAGUUCUCGACGAUCAAGAAGGACGACAUUUUCCAGUUCACGGCGGACCACAAGACCGCGAUCAAGGACGUGUUCGAGGCCUGCGUCGUGAUCUCCACCUACUCCAUGAUCGGGUUUUCCGGCCGCCGCGGCCAAGACACGCGCUACAUCAUGAACCAGAUCCGCGCGGUGGAGUGGGGGCUGUUGAUUUGCGACGAGGUGCAGGUGAUGCCGGCGAAGACGUUUCGCCAAGUCGCGUUGACGGUGCGGUCCCGGUGCAAGCUCGGGCUCACCGCGACAUUAGUCAGGGAGGACGACCUGAUCACGGAUUUGCAGUGGCUGAUCGGGCCGAAGCUGUACGAGGCGAACUGGCACCAGCUGCAAGACCUCGGCUACCUCGCGAAGGUGCAGUGUGUGGAGGUGUGGUGCCAGAUGUCGGAGAGGUUUUACGAGGAGUACCUGAAAAAGAUCAACGAACGCGGCAAGCACGCGACCGCGCGGCUGUUGUUCACGUGCAACCCGAUCAAACUGUGCCUCGCGGAGUUUCUCAUUCGGUUCCACGAGAAGCGGGGCGACAAAAUCCUCGUUUUCUCCGACAACACGGAGAUUUUGAAAACCUUCGCCGAGGCGAUGAAGCGGUACUACAUCUACGGGGAGGUGCCGAACCGGGAGCGGGAAGUGAUUCUGCGGAAGUUCAAGGAGGAUCCGGCGGUGGGGACGUUGUUUCUGUCCAAAGUCGGCGACAACGCGAUCGACCUGCCGUCCGCGAAUGUGGUGAUCCAGAUCAACGCGCACUUCGCCUCGCGACGGCAGGAGGCGCAGCGGCUGGGCCGGAUUCUGCGGCCGAAGAAGAUCACCAGCGCGACCAAGAGCGCGAGCGACGUGAACGCGUACUUCUAUUCGCUGGUGUCGAAGGACACGCAAGAGAUGUACUACGCGUCGAAGAGACAGCAGUACCUGGUGGAGCAGGGCUACGCGUACAAAAUCGUGGAUACCCUGUACGAGGACGCGGUCGUGGAACAACCCGACAACGCGUUCAUCUACAAGGGCGCCGAGGCGGAACGAAAGCUGCUGCAGCACGUGUUGCAAAAGUACCAGAAUUUAGACGAAGAAAUUGAGAUGUUUGUCGGGGACGAGGGGGAGGAUUUGAACCUGACCGUAUCUGGGCAAGCAGCUGCCCAAGGUACUACGCAGGAAGCGGUUCUUCAUACGACGCAACAACAGAUUGAGGAGAGAGUAGUAAACAUCGCGGACUUAACCGGUGCGAACGCGGGGGUUUUUGUAGAUGACUAA